AUGUCUUCUCGUUCGAUCAACUCGGAUCCGGAAACUGCACCAUUAAUCUCCCGACCUCCUUCAGCUUCUGUUUCGGUACCAUGGCUUCAACUAACACCUCUUAUAUUACUUCGAAUCCUAGACGCACUGACAUACUCAAUAAUCUUCCCUUACAUCGUAGCAUACAUAACUUCCAUCCCGUCCGUCCCACCCGACAAGAUAGGUUUGUAUGCAGGUUUGGCAGAAGGGUCUCUAAUGGUCGUGGAAGCCCUUAUGGCUCCCUUUUGGGCUUACAUGGCAGAUAAAAUUGGAAGGAAGAAAUGUUUGGUUGGGGGUUUUGCGGUCGUCGUUGGUGCAAUGGGGUUGAUGGGGUUUGGGGAAAGUGUAGGGUGGAUCAUAUUUUGGAGAGCUUGUUACGGCCUUAACCCUGGUCCAGUCAUCUCUCGAACAAUAUUCACAGAACUCUCUCACCCUUCCAAUCGAGCAUUGAUUUUCUCCAUUUGGGGACCCCUUUUUAGCGUUGGGAUAUGCCUGGGUACUUUCUUAGGUGGAUUACUGGCAGAACCAUAUGGGAGACUACCUUGGUGGAUCGGUGGUGAGAAUGGACAAUGGAAGAAAUGGCCUUAUGCUUUACCAGGGGUGGUUUGCGUUGCGUUAUCUGUUUUAACAUUGAUCUUAUGUCAGAUGAUGACAAAAGAGACUCGCCCUGCCAUAUUGGACCAUGGAAACGAAGAAGAAGAUCAUGAGGUGUCAAUCCCGGGUAGGAGAGAGAGCAAAUUCAGGAAGACUUUGGAUACACCAAACUUCAAGACAAUUCUCGUUUGUUUUUGUGCUACAUUCGCAUAUGAUGGUUUCUUCACUGUUUUCAGCUCUACCCUCGUGCCUCAAGGUGGUUUAGGACUUUCAAUUCAAAUCAUAGGUGUUGUAGGAUCCAUAUCAGCUAUAACGAACUUUAUCCUCUCCCCUUUAAUGGUACCCGGCCUUCAGCCCCGAAUAGGCAUCAGACGAUUCCUCUCUAUGACAAUCGGGACAAUCCCAAUCGAAGCGAUGCUUAUACCUGGGUUUCAGAAGAUCGCGACUUAUGGAAAAGCGGCGAUAUAUUCAGGUCUGGCUAUACAAUUGCCCUUGAAGAAUUUCCAUCUAAUGGCUUGGCCGCUCAACGACCAGCUUACUGCUGGGUGCUUCGAUGAUCACCCUGAAUUGUUGGCUACGGGAAGUGCCAUCGUGUUGAUAGCUGGUGCUGGUGGAAGAGCUAUUGGACCUACCAUUGCUGGAUGGAUGUUCUCCAUCGCGACACAAUAUCCCACCGGAUCGCUGGGCAGACAAGUCUCAUGA